AUGAUCGAUUUUGAACUAUCGCCAGAACAGUCAGCCGUUCGCAAUGCCAUCCGAGCAUUCGCGAACGCACACUUGAGAAAUGCGAGAUCGUUGUACGAGCCUUCAAACAGUCCACAUGUCAAUUGGGAAGAUCGAUUCCGAUCGACGAAACCAAUCUACGAGGAAGCAGUCAAAGCCGGUUUGAUCCAAGCCCAGGUUCCCAAACACCUCGGAGGUGGUGGAGGCCCGCUCAUUGAGGCGGCAAUUGUGGUUGAGGAACUGUAUGCAGUCGAAACAAGCGCAUCACUGUCAAUCCUUGCAACGGGUCUUGGACUCACACCCUUGAUCAUGGGUGCUUCUGCUGAACAACAGCAAAUAUUCCUGCAACCAUUCCUCAGUGGUACGGGUGCCCCUUUGGCCAGUUUGGUGUUCUCAGAACCGGAAGGGAGUGCAAAUUUUGCGGAAACCGGAGCACCAGGCUUCCAGACACUUGCGGUUCUCGAAGGGGAUGAUUAUAUCAUCAAUGGAGAAAAGAUCUGGGCGACAAAUUGCUCGGGCUGGGACGAUAAGGGGGCCGAUCUACAAUGUGUCUUGUGUAGAAUCGUUGAAUCAUCGUCAGCCCAGGAUGUGCGAGGCCAGACAGCUAUCAUCAUUGUGACUCGAGAUGACAUCGAGAGGAAUCAGCCAGAGGCGUUCGAGGUCUUGAGGCACCCCGAGACUCUCGGUAUGACCGCUGUCAAUGGCCCGCACAUCAGGUUCAACAACCUGCGUGUUCCUGUUGGGAACCUACUGGCACCACCUGGAAAGGGUGCAGACCUGGUAGAACUGACAUUUACCGCCUCAGCAGCGAUAGUGGGCGCAAUGGGUGUCGGUAUAAUGCGACAGACAUUUGACUCUGCUUUGGCAUGGGCCAAAUCGGAUUCGCGUGGUUCCAAAGAGCCUAUGAUCAACAAGCAGAGCGUGGCCGACUUGUUGAUCAAGAUCAAAACCAGAUGUGAGGCUACCAGAGCGCUCGUCUGGAAAGCCGCUCAUGCCUUUGGACGAACACGCAACGGAGCAGAACUAUGUUAUGAAGCCAAGAUAUUUGGCUCGGACAGUGCGGUCGCGUCAGUCAUGGAUGCAAUCAGCCUCGUGGGUGUAUCAGCCUAUUCUCGCGCGCACCCAUUUGGAGGUUUGCUCCAGGACGCAGUCGUCUUGCCCAUUUUCGAUGGAGGUAACGUCGGUGUGCGUAGGCGUCAAAUUGAGAAGAUCUUCAAGGAAUCAACCUAUGAUGCCUGGGAAGCCACAUUCGGACCUGCGAGUGGAUAA